AUUAGCUUCAAGGAAGGCAAGUGCUAGCAGGUGUGGAUCUCACCGAACUCUCAGUCAAUCCGUCGUAGUCACAAAAUAUUAAAGCUUGUCACUGCUAUCAAAUACCGUGAUCUCUUGUUUUGAAUUACGAUCACAUAAUCAUUAUUUACAAAAGUACGGUAACUAAUUAAAAAGUUCCAGUAUUUAAGAAAUUAUAACUAGCUUUACAAUCGGUCGACUCAUCCCCUUUAAUCACGGUAGGAUGAAAUAGUAUGGAGAAACGUGAAGUGUCGUUUUUAUACGGUAACAUGUUAUUUCAUUCCAAACCUUAAUCUAUCUCGAUAGAUUAAGGUUCAAGUCAGGUAUUCCCCUACAAUUACACCACUGACAUUUUCUGGAUCAGUUACGUAACCCACUCGUUACAAGGUGAUGUGAUCAUGCUGUUUGACGGAUUAUUUGUAGGCCUAUUUGCCUACUUCGUGUGUGCUUCUCUACGUUCUGUUCCGACUGUCCAUUGCUUAGGUUUUGUGAAGUAAGACAGAAAUGCCUUUCUUUGGACAGGACUGCUUGUAGUGAUUGGCUUAUCUGAGUUAUCUAUGUUGAUUCAUUCGCGCGGCACGGGGGUCUGACGGGUCAUCUGACUUCCCUAGUAUCCUGUCGAUCUGGUGGCUAGCGCUUUGUCAGUUGUGGAAGAGAAGUGCGUAAAAUAGCAUUGCGAAAUGGGGCGCAUAUUACUACUUCUACUUUCGCUGUAUUCCGUUUACUGUCAACCAACUGAUUAUGAUAUUCUGUCCGAUGACUUCAUAAACUACAUUAAUUCGCUAAAUUCGACAUGGAAGGCUGGCAGAAACUUCCCACAAGAAACACCAGUGAAACACUUAAAACGACUGAUGGGAGUUCAUCCAGAUUCCUACCUCUUCCAACCACCUGUUCAGAGACAUGCAGUAGAGGACUUGGAAAUUCCAGAGGAGUUCGAUUCCCGUGAGAAAUGGUCCUUCUGCCCUACAAUAAAGGAGAUUCGGGAUCAAGGAUCCUGUGGUUCCUGUUGGGCAUUUGGUGCAGUGGAAGCAAUGUCAGACAGAGUUUGCAUUCAUUCAAAAGGUGAAAAGAAUUUCCACUUCUCAGCAGAAGACCUUGUAUCUUGUUGUCACUCUUGUGGGUUUGGUUGCAACGGAGGUUUUCCAGGAGCCGCAUGGUCAUACUGGAAACGUAAAGGCAUUGUCAGUGGUGGAGCUUACAAUUCAUCACAGGGAUGUCAGCCUUAUGAAAUACCACCUUGUGAACACCAUGUAAAUGGCACUCGAAUGCCAUGCUCUGGAGAGGGUGGCAAUACACCUCAGUGUGAGAAGCAGUGUGAAGACAGUUACCCUGUGUCAUACUCUGAGGAUUUGCAUUAUGGUGAAUCUGCAUAUUCUGUUGAAGGCAGCAGCAAACAGAUACAGGCUGAAAUUAUGAAAAAUGGCCCUGUUGAAGGUGCAUUUACAGUAUAUGAAGACUUUGUACACUAUAAAUCAGGUGUUUAUCAACAUGUUUCUGGUGUUGCUCUUGGUGGCCAUGCGAUCAAGAUCAUAGGUUGGGGUGUGCUAGAUGACACUCCAUACUGGCUUGUUGCAAAUUCCUGGAACUCUGAUUGGGGUGAUGGUGGAUUUUUCCGGAUCAAGAGAGGAAGCAAUGAAUGUGGAAUUGAGAGCCAAAUUAAUGCAGGGCUCCCAAAACUCAGUGAGUCAUUUUGAGUAAUGCAUCAGUGACUUUGGAUUGUAAAAUGCCCUCUCGGUUUGCAUACUGUGAGUAAUUCACUGUGUAAUAACAUGAAAAAAGAUGACGAAAGAGGGGGAGAGGAACACUAAUCAAUAAGACAUUUGUUGAAAGCUAUAUUUGUUAUAUAUUGUUGAGCAGAUCAUUGCUACAUAUAAUGAGGGGCAUAUAGCCAAUAUUUUAUUGUAACUGAGAUUUUCACUUAUUAUAUCUGUGCCGCUUAGCUAGUGCAAAAGUUACUGAAAUAAAAAAAAAUUGCAGCCAUUGAGGAGAUACAUUGUAUACAAUAAUUUUGUGAUAAAACAUGACAUUUUUAGUAGUCUGCAGUAUGUGCCUUCACAACAAAAGUUACUGUUUGAAAGCUGUUGAGUGCUUGCAUACUGUUAUCUGUUGAACUCGUUUGAGCUCAUGCAUCACAUUGUUUAUAUAGAUGUUUAUUUUGUAUUACUUAUAUGACAGAACUUCAAUAAAGUUUGGUUAUAGUUUUAAAA